AUCUCUGGUUAAUUCAACUUUUCAAAAAUGGCUGUGUUAUGAUGUUUUACGGUGUCGUAAUGCGAAAAAAUCCUAUCCCGUGAUUUCACUAUCUUGAUGCAAUCGAGUUAUUAUUCAUUCCCAGAACUGGUGGGAUGCAUAUUUGCCGAUAUAUGUCAGUCAGUCACGUGAACUGACAAGUAGGGAUAGCGGCUGGUAGUGGCCAGGGUUGUUGCAGCCACCGCCAGUCUGCCUGCUCGUCCUGUAGCGUCACCAGGAAGCCAUGCAGCUGUAUGGGCCGAGCUUUGACGGCAUGGAUCUGUCGGGCGAUGAGACUGCUCUUCUCACCGAGUUACGUGAUUUAAUGAAGGACUUUCACAUCAGAUUGGACCGGAUUGCCGAGGACAACCAGGCCAUGCGUAAUGAGCUUGUCCAGGCCACAGCCAGUGUUCAGGAGAUGAGGAACGAAAUAAAUGAUUUUAAGAAGAUAAUCCAGAACAUUGGCCAACAUGGAAAUGAGGGCACGACUGAGGAACCAAACGUUGAGUGGAAUGCCAUCAUUGUUGCGGUGGAACACUACAACCAGACCACCGACUGGGGGGUCCUGCGAGCGAGCCUGGAGAAGGCCCUGGGCAAGAACAGAGUGGAGCGUUGUCAGCUGCAGAGCAUCAACGACCACUCGUGGGGGCACCUCUGGCAGGUCGGCCACGGGGGGCAUGCGGAGCUGGCAACCCUACUGCUGAAUGCGGGACUGCCCGUCAACAAGACGGACUACCACGGGGACAGCAUGCUCCAUGGGGCCGCCGAGGGGGGCAGGGUCGACCUGGCGCAGCUGCUCGUGGAGCGUGGGGCGGAUGUGAACUCGCGGGGCUGGCGGGGUCUCACGCCCUUCAACAAGGCAGCCCUUGGCGGCAAGCCAGAGAUGGUGCAGUGGCUGGUGGACCGCGGGGCAGAUGUCCACGCCGCUGACGACUGCGGCAUGACCGGCCUCCACUUCGCCGCCGAGCACGGCCACUUGGAGGUCGUCUGGCGUCUCGUGCACUUGGGACUCUCCACCAGCACCAGGGACAACAAGUCGUGGACGCCCUUCCACUGGGCACGGCAGCAGGAGCAUGCGGCCGUGAUGCGCUACCUGUCGGACUUCCCGCACUAGACACAGUUUCACCUCACCCCUGUAAGCCUUCCUGAGUGUCGCUGCUUUUGAACACUGUGCUUCACAUUGUGCUUGUGAACAAUGUGCUAUUUUACAUAUAUUCUUUGAUUAACAUAAUUAAAAUAAUUUUGCCCUUGAUCUAGUAGCACAAAUUAAAUUUUUUUAAAUUUACUCUGGUUAAUAAUUAUCCUUAGAAUCGUUUUGGGAUAUUAGACCUCUUAACUGAUACAUAUUGCAAUUGGGGAGGGAAGAAAACAAGAAUUUUUUUGCUGGGGAUGUAUGUUUGGAUAUAGAACAUGUAAAAUCUGCAUUGUACCUAAAUAUCAAAGAUAUAAAUACAGUAGAAUCUCGUUAUAGCGAGCACGGUAAUAGCGAGAACACGGCUAUAACGAGGUAUUUUUGAGGAAUUUACGGCGUGGUCGCUUGAAGCGCGCUUUUGUUAUUUGUCUGCUUUAUCUCCACCCCUCUCGCUCGCCACUAGACAUCUUGCCGUUGACGCCUGUCACAUUCUUCAGCCGUGCAGUCGCCACCUAAGUGCGUGGCUUUAAAAAUAGAAUCCCAUCCUUUCUUUCUUUUAUCAAACUUCCGUUAGUUAUCUGUGCCGUGUGUAGACAAAGUUUGAGAUUGGAACAGAAACAACGUAAGAAAGUAUUAUUUACAAAUUAGAAAUAUGUAUGUUUUUGUUUUUAUAAUCGCGUAUUUUCACGUUUUUUUGGUUAUUUUAAAAGAGAUAAUAUUACAAAGCCGCUCUAAUGAGAUUUAAUUGUUUCUUGGUUAACAAAAACUAUUAAUUAUCAAAUAUUGUUAAUUGUUUAUAUUCUAUUUAUUAUUAUUUACGCGACGUCAUACUGUACGCGUACGCAAUACGACUGGAUUCGUUGCUGCAACAUAACAUAGCAUGUUAUGCGGUAUCAGAAGUAACGAGUAACGUAACGAUACUAACGAGUACUAAUUGUUAUAGUAACGAAUACAUACGGGUACACAUUUUUUCGUUACUUUUACACCUCUAGUAGGCACUACCGUAUUUAUUUCCGAAUCGCUAGGGCAGUUUUCUUGUAACUUUUGUUUCGGUCAGUUGUUGUGGUAUCUGUCCGGGAAAGGGGUGGUGAUGGUUUGAGUUUAAUCCCAAAUUUAUUUUCUAAAAAAGUUGACAGGUUUCUUUAAAUGAAAAAAGUAUAGUUUUCCAGCGACUAUUACGUUUGAGGCGUACGUGCGUUGCCGCAGCCGCACUCCUGCUUUUUUGUAAGGAAUUAAAUCGUCGCGCUACACUAGCACCACCUGUUGGCAACAUCCCGAACCAACAUGGCCGCUAGCAGACAGCCCGCGUCAAUAGAUAGCAGGACAAUGCUGUGUCGGCCGCGGGCCAAGAUGCUAUACUUACGUGGCGUGGCAGGGUAUUCUGGUUAUUUUGACGCAAUCGGUGAUCGCAUCCGUACUUAUGGGGUAUCGUUUUAAAGAGAAUUCACACAUCUGCUCACAGAAAAUAAUAUUUCGUUAAUAUUACCUGUUAUUUUCCAAUCAUACAGGUUUAAACACAAUUUUUAUGCUAUUUUCGGUUAAUUUUUAUUUUUUGGGGGCCAAAAUUUGUCCAAUUCGGUUAUAGCGAGGACACGGUUAUAGCGAGGAUCAAACCCGGAACCGUGACACCUCGCUAUAACGGGACUCUAGUGUAAUGCUUUAUUUGAAAUAAAGAAAAAAAUCUAUGCUGGUAUUUUUGAAGAAGAGAAAACAGAUUUUUACUUUUCAGUUUUAAUUUUAUGAAAUGAUUUAUUGUGUAAAUAAAUUCUUUCACUUUACCCUUCCUUUUUUUUUUUUUUUCCUACUAAAACCUUUUUAGAAAAUUUUUAACAGUUAAUUUUUUCUGUAAAAACUUUUCCCUUCAAGAUUUGCAGUAAUAUUACAAACAUGUUGAAAGAUGUUUAUUUUUACAUCUUGUUUACAUCCACCUUAUCACAGCCAAUUUUCAAUAUGGAACUCUAUGAGCAUCACUGCUUGUUUUGAAGUUCUUCAGUAAUCAUUACAGUGGCAUGUACUGUGGCAGUGGAGCAUAGUUAUUGUGCCUUACAGUCUUUGGUGGGAUUUGGGGGGGGAGGGGGGGGGGGGAAUGAUUUGUGAUUUAACACUGUCCCAAUCCACUUCAAUUGGUGAAUAUAUCUACAAAUUGAAGGAAAGAUGGAAGGGCUGUUGUUUGGAACAGUAAUUUGUCUAUUACAUUAAUAUUGUUAAAUAUGUAGGUUUACAUUUCUUAAUUAUAAAAAAGUAAAAAUUGUUAAAACUAGUCAAAAAAAUGUGUAAAUAUGUUAACUCUUGAUUGUUGUGAUAACUUGGCUGUUAUAUAAAAUGAAAUAUAUGUACAUAGUAUCUUCAUUACAAUAAAUAAGAAUUGUUAAAACUAGUCUAAAAACAUUUAAAUAUGUUAACUCUUGAUUGUUUUGAAAACUUGGCGGUUAUAUAAAAUGAAAUAUGUGUACAUAGUAUUUGAUGUUUGACAGUUGUUUUUAUAAAAAUAUAAACAAAACAUUUCCUUUAUUUUUAUAUUUUUUUAAUUUUCCAGCAUUUUGUUCACUUUGCUUCAGUUUGAUUAAAUGUUAAUUCUGUAUAAAUUUAUUUCUCUUUACAUUGUACUUCAUUUUAAGUAAUUUUUGUUAUGGUCCACCGAUAAGUGUAAAAAAUAUUUUUUUUCCUAUAUGUAUUUCAGUAUAGGUACCUAGUAUGGUGAUAUGAUGGAAUGUGUAGCCAUAACAACGAAAAAUUUUAUUUUCGUUGGAAAAUAAAAUAUUUUUAACCAUUUA